AUGAAUUAUUAUAAUACUACUUUAUUACUUCCACCUUCUCCGGUAAAUUCGUCGUCUUCUUCAUUACCUUCUCCUAAUCUUAGUGAUUAUGAAGGAGGUUUUCCACAAAUUGACGAAAAAAACCGUGUUAAGAAACUUUUGAAUUUGUUUCCUCCUCCAAUUACCGCAACGCAAUACGUUCUAGAAAAUUCAUUUGAAUCUUCUAAUGGUCACAUUAAAAGGCCUUCCAAUUGCUUUAUGAUAUUUCGUAAGAUAUCGCAUGAUAAAAAGAAUAAAACGCAAGAACUCAAACGUUAUAAUGAACGAGAAUUUUCAACGAUAAUUGGUGUUAUAUGGAAGGAACUUAGCAAAGUAGAGUUGGACAUUUAUAAAAACUUGAGCAAAGAAAUUGUUAAAAUUCACCAGGAGAUGUAUCCAGAAUAUAAGUAUAAGCCCAAACGGGACAAAGCUGCGUGGAAACAUUAUCAUUAUGUGCCAACCAAUGAUGCUAAUUCUAAUAAAAAAUCAAAAAAUAAAAGGAAAUCAAAGGUUAGACAACAAAAUCAGCAGGAGACAUUAAACUAUUUUACUUACCCAGUUACGCCUGAACCUGAAAUUAUGAACUUGGCAGAACAAACCAUUUCACCAACAGAUCUAGAAUUGGAUUUUGUAUCAACUCCGACUUCUUCAAUCACUUCUAUUUCUCCAAAUCUCCUUGAUGAGUUUAAUCCUCAAAAUUUUUUUUACUUUUGUGAUUGGUCUUAUGAACCUUAG